AAUCAAUUAAAACUCUUGACUCGAUUAAAUUCAAUUAAGAUUAGAUUGACUGUUUGGUAAUGAAAGAAGAGUAUUUGCGUUCUGUUCUUCUCCACAAUAAGAGAAAUGAAGUUUUUAUUGGCAUUAGCUAUUACCAUACUACUGUCCCAUGAGUACUCCAGCAAAGAAAUUAACAACAAUUUGUUUAAGAACGAUGUCUCUAUUAAUCUGAACAAGCCAAUCGAUCUAAUUUUACAAUUUGUGCACGGUGCUUUCAUACGGGAUAGAGAAGUGACAAUCCAUCUGCCAGAUCAAAACAAGAAAAUCGGAAAACCACCGUACAAUGGUACAUUUCAGGCGACAUCGGGGUAUUUCACAAAUCCAGCAUCGCUGCAUAGAACGGGCGACACUCUCAUCGUCAAAAAAGGAAGCACGGUCGGCUUGAAGGUGGCGUUGGGACUUUCCGAGAUGAAAGCCGGCUACAAAAACUACAAACUAGACAUCCUUGGGAUACAUCAAGCCGGCCAGCUUGACAUCUCAAUCCAAAAAAAUUCUUUAACUAUGAGCAUUGUGUUAACAUAUUUGCCAAAAUGUGAAGUUAAACUUGAAUAUUUAAAAUUCGAUGAACUGAGCGGUAUACAAGUCAAUGCCACUAACCUUGGAGUGUUUAAGAACAUGUUCGAACAACUAUCCAAAUGGUUUAUUGCUCAAUUUGAGAGUAAUAUUAAAACAAUUAUUAACAAAACAUUAGACAAAAAAGUAAGAAAAGUUUUAAGUAAAAACGAUUUAUGUAAGUACUUCCCUAAUUAAAACAUCUUUUCAGUUUUGUUUAA